ACGUCCAUGGUCACAUGUGUCCAAUCGGAAAACACGAAAACCACGAAAGCCGUUAUCCAGGUGGUUUGGGGAUUGGUGGGGACGGUGAAGGGUGUUCAGCUCGGGUUCCACGAAUCCGAAGGUGUGAUUUUAUGCUGCGGUGUAUGAAAAAUGCCUUGGUUUGUAUGAAUAUCAACUAAUGCAAUGUGCCCUCCUAUGAACAUUGUUUCCUGUGAACAGUCGCAUAAUGAUGUUAGCAAGAGAGGUCACUCGAGAACAGCAACGUCUAUGAUGUCUAUGGUAAAAACAAAAUAAAAAAAAAUAAAUAAAUAAAAGAGCACUUUGGAAGUUUGUCGGUUCGCCAUAUUGUCCGGUUAAGAAUGGCCUUUAGCCAGCACCAGUCUUUAAACAUAAGAUGAUAAGAUGUAAACACCCCCAUACACACUGUACAGUUCUUAGCUCCAUAUUUGUCCCAGUCAUGAUCGGACCUUCAUCACUCGGCAUUUUGGAACGGACUAACUUCACGCCAUAGUUCAAGAACUGACAAAAGAAAUGGCGGACUAACGAAGCUAAACAGAACCAGGGAGUACACGUAGUUGUGAAACGGGGUGGGUGUGUAAGUCAUAAAAUAUAUACAUCAUCAGCUCCCAAUAAGAUAUGCAGAGUUAUUGCCAUAAUAUUCUUGCUUCGAUUGCAGACACGGGCGACUGCUCGUCUCGUGACGCAGUCUGUCAAUAGUCACGUGACGCGAUAGGGGGUGAGGGGUGAUCAACAGACUAAUUAAACUGCACGUCUGUCAGCACCUGCGUGGCACACCGAUAUCAAACGUCUGUUACCCUCCAUGACGAAGAAUAGUAACUAUGGUGACGGAUAGAAGUACAUAUGAGACGACGACGAUGAUAACUAUAGCAAAGACGAUAUAGUAUUCUUGACAUUGAAAAAGUCUUUUACCUUUCUAUCUUUAUCGUGAUCGAGGUCGUAGUUUAACCCCUGACCUUUUCUAAAAUAACAGCCCGACACUGACAGAUGUACAUCAAACUUUAUAGCAGCUGAACUCGAAUCUGAGAAAAUCCAAAGGAGGAAAACAUCGAGAGGUCUUUUAUAAAAAUCCAGCAGCAAAAAAAAAAAAAAAAAAAAUUUAAAAACCACAGAGAGUUUUAAAUGUUAGAAUGAUUUAACAUAUAUAUAUACUUACUUUUUUAGAGUCGAUUCACGAUACAACAAAAUUGUACUAAAUGUAUACUAAGGCAGAAAAUGUUACCCCCUUCAAAAAAAAAAAAAAAAUAAUAAAAACAAAAAAUCGUAUAAUCGUAUGUGUAGUCAAUACGUGUGCUCUCACCAUCUUGGUGUCUUUAUCGUUAUGACAGUUUAUUUCUUGCCACACAGUCUAUUAGGUAAUUGUUAAUUUAAGCUCUGAUCUUUUAUUCUUGUAUCCCUCUAAUUCACAUCUACCCGUUUCCUCUUUGCUUAUCCAAUGUCCAACACAAAUAAUGUCAUUGUAUUGUCACUCUAGUUUUACAAUCCGUUUUUUUUUUUUUUGCUCGCUCUUCUCCUCUCUCUCUCUCUCUGUUUUGCUGAUCAAAUCCAUUCCCUCCCCCCAUCCUUGCUGUUGACCUCUCCUCUCUCUCCUCCUCCCCGGUUUCCAGUCGCUGUCUAUGUCUCUAAUCGUGUUCGUUCUCGUCCCCCAGAUUAAUAAAAUCGUUCAUUACAAUAUUUUCUCACACGAGCUCGCAUGCAGCAUAAGCGGCAGGACGACACAUUCCGGAGGCACAUGAGGGAACUCGAACACAGGCGUCACAGCUUCUUCGAUCAGCUCUUGACUGAGUUGUCCAUCUGUGCCGACAAUCAAUACAAGUUUGAUUACCGGGUCCGAACAAGCCUAUUGUAAAUCUGCUCCAAUUAAUUUGUUUCAGUAAUGGGAUGGGCUUCAUAAAGAGGACAGGUAUGCACAUUUCGGGGGUCAUUUCAACUGGCUUCGUGUUCCUUCCACAGACUUCUAGACCGUGGUUGUGAGUGGAAUCUGUUCUCGACAUUCCACUUGUCUGUGCUCUCGUGAAGUAGAAUCCGUGCUUCCAGGUUCAGAUGUCGUCUGCUUCGUAGAGAUUAUAAUUUCUGCUCAAACAAUAUUGGGGUUAAUGAUAAGUGAAUAUAGUAAGUCCUGCGUGAAGCUGAAGAUAAGCAACACGGAAUUUUGAUUAUUCAUCGAAGAGCCGCAUCCAGGUCCAAGUCGAGGCUUCUGCUUGACCGGGUGGACGUCAAAGCAUCAUUACAGGUGAUUUACAACUCUUACCUGUACCAGAACAGAUAGUUCUAAAUCAAGAGGAAUUUUUCUCUGAGGAACUUUUACGAUAAAAAAUUCUCUAACCUCAGAAACAGUUGAGUCUGCAAAGUGCAAGAUGGGACGUCGAGCUCUGGAGUCAACGGUCAGCCUGAUUGUGUCUGUGUGCAUGGUGUCGGUGGUCCUCUACUUCCUCGUCUACACCGUCGCCAACGUGCCUGUCAGCCACGAGAAGAGGUCGCUGACAGAAGAUGAAGAUCGGACAAACGAGACGAGAGCGGAGGGAGAGCUGCCCCUGUGUCCCAGGAAACCGACAUUCUUCAUCACCAAAGUUCAGAUCAACACGACACCUAUAGAGUUUCCAGAACUGAACAAUGCGUUUCCCGACAUGCAGCCGGGUGGCAUCUUCAAGCCCAAGCACUGCAGGGCUCGUGCCAAGACCGCCGUCAUCUUCCCUUACCGAGACCGCGAGCGCAACCUCCUCCUCGUCCUCCUCAACCUCAUCCCUUUCAUGAUGGCGCAGAACCUCGAAUUCCAGAUAUUCGUCGUAGAGCAGGUUCCGUGGUUCGAUUUCAACAAGUGCAUGAUUAUCAAUAUUGGAUUCGUGGAGGCGUUGAAGGCUCAAAAGUUUGACUGUUUCGUAAUCCACGACACAGACUUCGUUCCGAAAGACUACAGAAACUACUACUACUGUGGAAACCAACCUCGCCACCUGGUGGUUGAUCGCAGUGACAGAGCGAAAAGAGGACUGGGCUACUAUCGAUAUUUCGGAGGCGCCAUUUUAGUAUCACGUGAGCAGUGGGAAUCCAUCAACGGCUGCUCGAACAUGUACUGGGGAUGGGGCAACGAAGAUGACGACAUGUACAUGAGAUUUAUUGCAGAAGGCUACACGAUAGCUCGGUACCCGAUUAAAAUCGGGGCUUAUAUGGCCUUGGAGCACGAGACCCAGACAAAAAACAUGAAGAGGAGAGCUAUAUUUGACGCCAAUACCAAACGAAUGCACGAGGACGGACUCAACACGUUGCAGUACCGAGUGCUUAAAUACAACGCUACUAAUGUUGCAGCGUGGAUGAUGGUGGAGCCGACACCACCACCCAACAACACCGACAGUCGUAAGCAGCCCUCGGUUCCCAAACCUGCAGAGGUGGCUGCCGAAAGGUCAGACCGUGUCAUGGCUGCCGAAAGGUCAGAGCGUGUCAUGGCCGCCGAAAGGUCAGACCGUGUCAUGACCGUCGAAAGGUCAGAGCGUGCCAUGGAUGAAGAAGCAAUUCCGAGGAACGCACUUACAGAACGUUUUUUUCUCGACAGGCAUCCGAAGCGCACCUCUAAGAACAAGCGCAGAUCGAAAAAAAGAAAAGGUCUGCGCCGUUAAUUUUUUGUUUUAAAGGAGGUUUUGUAACUGCUACAAUGGAAGAAGACAGAAGAUGAGAGAGUAGAUGUAUACAUACUCAUUCACAAUAGUUCAAGGGGGAAAGAGAGGAACCAUCAAUGCCAAUAGCCUUCAAUUGAAAGCGGACCAUCCCGCUUCCCCUUCCCCCCACGAACAAGGAUUUGUUUUUCGGUAUUCAGAUAUUGGGGAGAAGAAAAAACACAUUAACCGCUUGAAAAAAUUAUAGCUAUGCAAAUAUUUUACUGAUGUUUAGAUGACGGUUACAUUUUGGUCAUGUAGUGUAACUGAAACCCAUUGAAAUCAUGUGUAAAUAUCUCACCUGAGCCCUGACAAUGCAGGAAUGAACUGGUGGUUGAGGUUAAACACGUGUGUGUGUGUGUGAGAGAGAGAGAGAGUGUUGUGAGCGUGCGUGUGCGAACUUCCUAUGCAAUGUCAGUGUGUAUGUAUGCGUGAUUGUCGUCGCAUCAGCGUUCGCAUGUACUUAUAUCCUGUUCACCUGUAUCCAUACAUUGCAAUAUCACAGUUUCGUUUCACAUCUGCGGGAAUCCCAUUCAUGAUAACAUUGAAGACUUGGUCGAUUGUAUGUACUCAAGAGAAGGGUAAUCCACUUAAUAUUGCAAUCUCAUUUACGUAUCCAAUAUACAAUAUACAAUCUAAUUACAUAUUAUAGGGUAUCAGCCGUAAAUCCGUAUUCUUUGCGCCAGUCGCUAUGUGUAACCUAUGUUGUAAUCUGAAAAUGGUGUUAAUAGCUGGAAAUUGCAGAGUAUGUUUAUGUAUUAAAUUAUGUGGUCACUGUAAAGCAUUUCUUUUUUUUUUUCUUAUUAUAGUUUCUAUUUACGUACUUUUCUCAGAAUCGCUUCUGAAGUGAACUGAUUUACCAACACCAUAGUCAAUGGUUCAUGGCUACGAAAAGAUUGCUUUAUAUUUAUUUUGUCACUAACUACUGAAUGGCCGAAAGUGGUUGAAGAAAGAGUUCCCGAAAGAAAGCAUUCGUUCUUGAAAUUGUUCUACAAUGUUCAGAAAUGAAGAAAAGUUUCCAUAUGAAGUUCACUGCAGUCAACUGAAAAAAAACAAGUUCACUUAAUGCGUUUACUUAUAAUAUUAUGGCUUGUUUGCGAUUUAAAAAUGUUUGGUGACCAUUAGAACUUCAUGCAGACUAUACGAGUCGAAACUUCUGAAUUAUUUUGUUGUUUGUCCACUGCGAGUUGCCUAACACAACUCUGUCUCUUGUAAAACAUUUAAAGGCCGUUCCACACAGUCAAAGAAAAUAUCUUGACCUGUAGAGAAAUACCACAAGGCAAACAUCGAUAAUCAGUGAUGUGAGCAGUGACCCAGUGGACCCAGGAGAUCGCCACAGCAAACCAUAGUUUCAUCCUUUCUUCAUUGUCAGCGUGUUCGUCCUCGUCCUCGUGCAUUCGUCAGCGCCGUCACGCGCCAGCGAUGAUAGUCAUGCAUCGACGCUCGCAGUUAUGAUGUGUGUCGAGAGAAUUGAGCCCCAAGCACACACCGUGACUAAAUGAAAAUCAAGCAGCGAGGGGGAGGAGGAGGUAGAUGAGGUCCCACCCACCACAUGUUACGAAAUUCUCAUAUAGUUUGGUUGAGAUUUUGCUCUCCCUCCUUCCCUUACAAAUUCUUCUCAUAGAGGAGGAGGAAGAGGAGAAGAAGAAAGAGGAUAAAAGGUGGAAUCUACGUAUGCACCGACUAAGGAUCAGGUUUUAAAUAAAUUAUAUCAGGUUUUUUUGCAGACAGAAUACUGCCUUUUCAUGGCAUGAUUCAAAACAUAGAAGCCGGCUUUAGAACAUCAAUUGAAAACUUCAUUGAAAUAUUAAGAAAAUUGAAGUAUCUAUACAGUAUUUUAUGUUAUUUAAAAGAAAAAAAAAUACACAGCAUGCUAUCAUUUGACUCUGGUUUGACACGAGUAAGCAGGACUAACAACCUAAAGAAUCUCACAAAGAGACAAAAUACACUAAAAGUAAAGGUAUGAGUGAUAAUUUUACAAAGUAGCAAGUGACAAGUUUUGAAAAAAAAAAAGCUUAACGUUUGCAUUUGGCGGCUG